GCCGGCGUUUUUGAGGAGUAGGUAGAACCGACUCCUGGUCCCGGAGUUCCGAUGUGACGUCCACGGACAAACGUAUCAUGCAGGGGAGAGCCGGGGUAGGGACGACGGCUUGUAAACGAAACCAGUUUGCUAUCUGAUCCGACUGAAGCAACAGCCCAAAAACUGGACUCUGCAGACCACCGCGUAGCAACUACUCCGAAUUUCUAUCGAAAAUCAAAACCGUAUAAUAAUAAUAAUACUAAUAAUAAUAAUAACAAUAACAAUAAUAAUAACAAUAAUAAUAACAAUAAUGCGUUGCAACACCCCUCGCCUAACCGCAAGACUUCCUUGAACAGUCGGGAAAAAGCAGGAAAAUUAAAAAAAAGUAAUAAUAAACUACCGUAUGAAAAUCAAAACCAAUAACGAAAAAAAAAAACGAGUAUACGUAAAAUGAUAAAAAAACGUGAGUAAUUCAGGUAAAAUUGAUUAUUGCUUAUACCGAUGAGUGAACGUGUUGUUUGUUGUAUGUUGGUUCGUUGUAGAGGCGAGUUUUUAUUCACACUAUCUUUUCGUAAAAUGUGGCGGUGAAGUUUGUCGAUCGUUUCGGGGUGCAAGGAGGGUGAAGAGAAAAAAUAAGAAAAAAAUUCAACGUGAUACGAUGUGAGUGAGAAUUGAAUUGAAAAAGUGAUUCGAACUGAUUCGUGACGUAAAUCGAAGAACGGGGGGGAAAAAAGGUGUUUGCAACGGAGCUCGAAUUGCUAUUGGUUCAAAGAUAGAAAGCUAGUUGUAAUUUAGGGAUUGUUAUAAAGUGAAGGCUUUGUCAGUGUGAUGGUUAACGGAUGUUUGAGAACUUUAUGAACACUUUAGUGAUUCCGAAAUUACGGACCGCCGACAAUAUACCACAAAUGCGAAGCUCUGGCGGAAGACUAAUAAAAUAUUGUGUAAUCCAUUGGACUAAAGUAUGUGAAGAUUAUGAUGUCGCUGGUAAAGUGACUUUAACGCCGCGGGAAAAACCGCUGCGUCGUAAACAGGAAUAUAUCAUUCCAAGUGAAAUUACUAGACGAAAUCAAACGAAGAGAAAAAAAAUGAUUACGUAUUAAGCCAAGUAACCUGAAAACUUUAAUAAGCCUUUACCCCCGCAACGAUAAUUAGCUCUUCAAUUAUUACCCCAUAAUUUCCCCAGGUUGCUAAGAAGAAUUAAAAAAAAAGUUUAUCGCUAAGCAUCGCCAUAAAUAUAAAGUUUUUGGAACCACACACGAGCCCGGAUGAAUUUUUGAAAACGUCCCCAAAGAAAGGCCUCCGGAUCAAACCGCGUUUAGCCAACUCCGAGUCGAAAUUCUCUAGGAUAUCGAGGAAGCGAAUCGGUAUCGGUCGGCGAACUUCCCCGUUCCCCGAAUGAAUUUUGACUGUCGCUGACAACCGGGAGGCCAGGCCGCAACCAUCAAUAAGAACCGAGAUGUCAGCCGUUGCUCCAGCUGGUACUGGAAGUGCGACGCCGAACAACAGUGGGCCGAUCGUCCCGGCGCCGCUCUUCGCGUUGCCGCUGUCAUUUACGGUUGGCCAGGUAGCGACGGUCUGCGAAACGCUCGAAGAAAGCGGAGACAUCGAGAGGCUGGCAAGGUUCUUGUGGAGCCUGCCGGUAGCGCACCCGAACAUCCAGGAGUUGAACCAGAGCGAAGCGGUGCUGAGAGCCAGGGCGAUAGUCGCCUACCAUUCGGGCCACUUUCGCGAGCUUUACGCGAUCCUUGAACGGCAUAAAUUCACGAAAGAUUCGCACGGAAAGCUGCAGGCGAUGUGGCUCGAGGCGCACUAUCAGGAGGCCGAGAAGCUGCGGGGAAGGCCGCUGGGUCCAGUGGACAAGUACAGGGUAAGGAAGAAGUUCCCCCUGCCCAGAACAAUCUGGGACGGCGAGCAGAAGACCCAUUGCUUCAAGGAACGCACUAGGUCCUUGCUCAGAGAGUGGUACCUCCAGGAUCCCUAUCCGAAUCCGGGAAAGAAGCGGGAACUCGCAGGAGCGACGGGACUGACACCAACGCAGGUUGGAAACUGGUUCAAGAAUCGGAGACAGAGGGACAGAGCUGCCGCCGCUAAAAAUCAAAUGCAGCAACAAUCGGGACCGGGAAGCGGAUCUCAGCGACGAGCCCUGAGCCCGGGACCCGGCGGAAGUGAUUCGGAGGACUCUGACAUCUCCCUGGGACGAACCUCGCCGCCCUCGCCGGCAUCCUCGCCGCCUCCGACCCACCAGCCGUCCCCGGUUCCGCUGGGCUCGCUGGGCCCUCUGCCCCCACCGCCCCUCAACUUUCGGUUCGACUCGGCGCAGCCCCAAUUCCGGUUCGCGCACGCGCCGGCCUUCAAAUUCUCGCCAACCGGCUUCCCGUUCGGACCCCAUAGCCCGCAGCACAACCACCCGAGCAUCGCCGGUGGUGGGAUAUUCAGACUGGCUGAAACCAGUCCCUUUCAGGCCGUAGGACCCAGGGGCGAUCUCGGCUCGAGACUUCCGGAUCCGCUGGGCCUGCCACCCCCGCGACUCCACCCCCACAAAGGGCUGCUGCACCACCCUCACCCCCCGCACCAGCUGACCGAAGGUAUAUCGAGGUUAUCGGACGGCUCUCGUCUCUCCGACGGCGGCGUUUCCCGUCUCUCUGACAGCCUCUCGGAGGCUCACAGCCCCCCAUUGAUGGCGACGAAUCUCUCCGUCACCGGUCCGCUCAGAGUCGCGGUGCCGAGUCCUCACACCCCUUCGUCAAGGGGCAGCCCCCCGGCGGGGCAGCAUACGCCGCAAGGUCACGGCCAAGGUCAGAUGAUGAAGAGGAUAGUGACGCCCCCGCCGCAUCCGACACCCCCAAAAAUUCACAGGCCAUUCUCGCCCGCGUGAUACGCGAGGAGAUGAAACGUUGCGUGAAAAUUGAUGCGAUUCAACGGAGUAUGAUGAUAAUAACGAUGAUAAAUUCAAUGGAAAUACGAGAUAAGUGUAUAAAUAAUAAUAACCUCGCGAUAAAUUCUUUGAACGCAAAUUUAAUACGCGACACCCGAUCGUUCGAGAAUUAUAAUCGAGCCGUGGUUAAGUAGUGACGAUGAUUAUCUGAAGGAAAAAAAAAAAAAAAAAAAAAACGAUGCGUUGACUAAUAAAUUUGACGAAAAAUAUAAAUAUAACGUAAUAUCAACGGCGGAAGACAAGGCUGCUUUCUUUUUUUCUAACGUUUCCAGAGUUCAGCUGGAUUUGAACGUGCAUUUUGUAUAAUACAUACGAUAAACGAAUUGUGAAAAAACGAAUGGCGUUAUUGUAGGUAAUGUGAUCAAAAUCAAUAUGAAAAUACAGAUGAACGGAAUGCUCGUUGAGGCGCACAAAAAAAGCGAUGUACCUACAUCAGUGUUACAAUGUGACGGAACAGUUUUGUUGCAUGCAUAAACGUGAAAGAUUCAAUUUUCAAUUCAAAAAUAUAACUUUAGAGACGACGUAAAACCGGAUCCCGACAAAUAAACGUAUAUUGUAGAAAAGUGAAACGUAUGGAAGAGAAAAGAGAAAAAAAUAAAAAAACAAAAAAUAAUAAUAAUCAUAGAACAAAGAGGGGAAAAAAAAAAACCUAUAGAAAUUCAUUCGAAUGUUUUGCGGUGUAUUAUUGAAAAAAAUUGUUACACGACGACGCGUCGAGUUAAUAAAAAGAAAUAGAAAUAAAUAACAAUGGUAAAUUCACAUUGGUUUUUGUCAAAAAAAAAGAAGCCCUUUCCAUACCGUGGAAAAAUUCUAAAAUAUCGAUAUUGAUAAAACGUUUUAUUAUCGUCAAACUUUUAUAACCAAAUACUCUUCUACUGCUACUACCUCUACUUCUACUGCUCUGAAUCUUCUUCCUCAUCUUCACCGUCUUUCCUGUUUUCUUCUUUGCUCCGCUAGUAGGUAUGACAAAGUGUAAAAGUAAGAUUGGAGCUGAGAAGCUUGCGAAGCUAAUCGAGAAUCACUGGAUGGAUAAAAAAAAUUAAAUAAAACGAACGGCAAGGACAAAAUGAAGAAGAACCAUCUUCGCGCUUAGCCCGGAGCAAUGUUAUUCCCCAUUACCUUUAUCCCGAGCAUCAAUCACCUAAUCGUGCCCCUGUUUUUUGUAGAUAGUAUCGAUAGUAAAAAUUCUCGUAUAACCAAUUCUAUAGCAUUAAAAACAAUACAUAUACAUGGACUGUACUAUACAUAAAUCGGCAUACAAAACUCAUGCGUAUGUAUAUACAUAUGUGUACAUAAAUAUGAAUAGGAAUACAUAUAUAUGUACGUAUAUAUAUAAAUAGUUACGAUUAUUGAUAUGAAAAUGACACACACACACACACACACAUA